AGGUUAGGUGUUCGACGUGCAGCGCGGCUAUGCUGCUGUCACUGCCUCGCGGAAAUGGUGCAUUUAGGUUAGGAUUGGAUCGACGUCGUCAAGUAUCGACGGGCCGGGACAUGCCACGACUUUGAUACGACGCGCGGCGCGGAUGAGGAACGGCAGCAAGGAAACCAUGUCGUAUCUACGUGACUGGCGGCAGGCGUUGCGCGUACCGCACGUCUACCGGGUGGCAAACAGCAGCUUUCGCAUCCAAGGCCACUUCCUAGCGUUGAUCCUUCUGCUUCUGAGCGUACCGAUCAUCUUCCUCGCCUAUCCGCUGCUGCACGGCUUCAUGUGCUCGCCACCGAGCCAGACCCUGGCUCAAUGUCGCUACUACAAGUACAACCGUACGUAUCCUACCUCGACGCCCAUCAAAACCUCCAAGGGCAUUACCUAUAGGAUAGCGAUAGUCAGCGACCUCGAUCACGAUUCCAAGCUCGCAGAUAAGAAGGACAUGUGGCACAGUCUCAUGAAGACUGGUAGUCUCUACUGGAAUCCCAACAACAAUUAUUUGUCUGUCAUCUGGGAUGACAGAACUGUCGUACUGUCCUCGUCGUUGUCUAUGAAGGGACGUGGAAUGGAACUGUCAGAGUUGGUGACUUUCGAUGGCCGUCUGCUUGCCUUUGAUGAUCGUACAGGGAUGAUAUAUUUCACAGAGGGCGAUCAAGUUUACCCCUGGGUUAUUUUAAUGGAUGGCAAUGGAAAAAAUCAAAAGGGAUUUAAAUCCGAGUGGGCGACUAUCAAAGAUGAACAACUGUACGUUGGCAGUAUGGGAAAGGAGUGGACCACGCCGUCUGGUGAAUUUGAACAUAACAAUCCAUUAUGGGUCAAGGUAGUGUCACCACGUGGCGAGACACAUUCUCUCAAUUGGAUUUCUUACUACAAACGAUUAAGGCAAGCGAUUAACAUCGAAUAUCCAGGUUACAUGAUACAUGAAUCCGGAGCUUGGAGCGAUAUACAUAAGAGCUGGUUUUUCUUACCUAGAAGAUGUUCUCAUGAGCGCUACAAUGAAACACGGGAUGAAUCAAUGAGCUGCAAUGUCAUGCUGACUGCAGAUGAAAACUUUGUUGAUAUUAAAGUUACUCAUGUCGGAGAUAUAAAUCCAAUCAGAGGGUUUUCCAGUUUCAAAUUCCUUCCUGGGUCACAAGAUUCCAUCAUAAUAGCAUUAAAAACUGAGGAAUAUCAAGGGCGAACUGCCACGUAUAUUAUGGCCUUUACGAUAGAAGGUACGAUAAUAAUGCCCGAAACUAAAAUAAUGGAUAAAAAAUUUGAAGGACUAGAAUUUAUAUGACAUUUAGGAGUAAUUAUUAAUUAUUUAAUGAAAAAAUUGUAAAUAAAUGUACAGAGUGCAUAGUCUUAAGUUUGUACAACGAGAUAAAAUUGCUGGAAAGUUAAUUAAGACUUUUCCUUUGAAUGAUCAGUAUUGUUACAUUCGAAGCGCCAGAGUACAAAUUUUAUUCUCAUUGACGUUAAAUGCCUGUAAAUGCAUGUCGAUCAGCAAUUGUAAAUACAUAUGUACAUAUGUGCGAAUAUAUAUGCUCGAAACUGAUCUGUAUGCUUUACAUAGUUUACAUUGCUAUUGUUUCAUACAUAAAUCUACAACAGUGUUCAAAAAUACAAAUAAGAUACGUUAUAUAA